GUUUUUAAAAGAACUAUUCCGCAUCACUUUUGUAGACGAACCAUACAUAUCGACAGACGGAUAAAUUGGCCAAUGAUACGUAAGCACUUUUUCGACAGCAAAUUAUAAUUCAGUAUAAAGGCGGGACUAAACAUCCUUUGCAACGCUUGGCUACCUGGGAGUGGCGGUUGUUUCAAUAUGGCGGAUGUGACCAGCGGUGAGAAGACCGCUGGGAUUUUCUGGAUUAAAGACAGUAUCCUUUAAUGCGUGAGCAAUGAGGGUAAUCUCCGGCCAGGGGCAAAGGUGGGGUCCGGCGGUGUGAGGAAGGGGAAGGUGAGGAUGGGAAAUGGCAGCGAGGUGAAGGGCAUUGUGGGAGUUGGAUGCCAGCUGGAGGGGAGGAAGAGUCGGUUCUCGCGGCCCUGCUGCCAGGGCAAGGCCCCGGCCCACCCCUCCCACCCCGCCCAGGCGAAGGCGGAGCUCCAUUCUGCCUCCCCUGCUGGCACUGCAUUCAGAGCCCCGGUUCUGAGCCCCACCAAGCCCACGUCCAUCUACGUAAACAUGCAGGCACUAGCCAAGUCAGCCCAGGCCCGGAGUAGCGCCUCCCUGAAGGACCUCUGCGCCGAGGACAAGCGGAGGAUCGCCAACCUCAUCCAGGAGCUGGCCAGGGUGAGUGAGGAGAAGGACGAGACGCAGCAGAAGCUGAAGGAGGAGCAGGAGUCCUUCGAGCGCAAGAUCCAGCAGCUGGAGGAGCAGAACCAGCUCAUCUUCCAGGAGAGGGAGGGUCUGCAGCAGCAGUACCGCGAGUGUCAGGAGCUGCUCGCGCUGUACCAGCAGUACCUGACCCAGCAGCAGGACAAGCUCAACCACUCCAUCGCCCACCUCAACUCCUCCCACUCCAAGGUGAUUGGCAGCGACGCAGCGGCCUGGCAGCCUGCGAGGGGCGGAGCCUCGGGGCUGGAGGGCUCGUACCUGGGCCUGCCCAACGUGGGCGGGGCCAGAGGGGGGCCGACCCGCGGGACGCCGCCCCUCGCGGACAGCUUCCGGACGGCCACGCCCACUCCGCUGUCGUCCAGCAGCGGGCGGGAGAGCGGCCCGAGCGGGGGGCGGUCCCAGAGGAGGGGCGGGCCCAGGCUGGACCGCCAGACCGCCACAGAACCGCGCGGGUCCCGGUGGCGCGUCUGCGCGGAGGAGGGCGGGGAGGAGCGGGAGUACCGCGCGGAGAAGGGCCCGUCCCGACCGCCCCCCACAUCGCCCGCCACAGCGCCCCCUGUGGCCCGGGUGGACUGGGAGGAGAGGAGGAACUGGCUCCUGCUGCAGAAGAUGGAGCUGGAGGUGCAGAGGGAGAAGCUCCAGGCCCAGCUGGCCCAGCAGGAGGAGAGGCUCUUCCUGCACAACCAGACACUCCGGCAGUCCCGCAUGGAGUCCAGCAGGCUCCGGGACAGGGUGGCCGAGUCCGAGCCCGCCCCCGACAGGGAGACCCUCAGCGGGACAGCCGAAUCGAGCCAAACGGCACGAGGAGCCGCGGGCCUGGGGACGGUGAGAGCGCCCCCUGGUGAGCCGGAGGACCUGGACCGGGUUGCGGCGCAGGGGGGGGAGCUGAUGCAGCGGGGAGAGAUGGCGGCCCUCCCCUUACAGAAACCCCUGCAGUCAAACGAGGCCUCGGCUGUUUCCAGGAGGGAUGCUGCCACCUCUCCCGCAGCCGCCCAAUCACGGCUCAGGGCAGCCCCGCCCUCAGCCUUAGGCCCCACCCCUCCUAGGACCCCCAACUCGCGCCUGCACUCGUCCCUGAUCGAGCUCCUGGACGUGUUCAGCCCCGUCUCCGCCCCCAUCCAGCGGCGUGGCCCCCCCCGGCCGAAAGCCCCGCUCUCCCGCCCUCUCCUCCGUGCUGCCCCCCUGGGCCGCCCCGCACCGCUCCCCCUCGUCCCCAGCAGAGGACCCGGAGGAGAGCCAGAUUCUGGAAGACAUAUUCUUCAUCUGCUGACGCGGGGCCACCCCUCGCUCCCCCCCCCCACCCCCCCCCCCCCCCCCCACCCCCGCUUGCCCUUGUUCGCGGGGUGA